AUGGACCUUCAGAAGAGCACUCCCCCGGGGAGAGUCGGAGCUGCAGCCGCUCUGGCGGCUUCCUACGGCUGGUGCUCGGGGUCCAACUCCGACUGCGACAACGAGAGCGGCCGCUGCUCCGUGCCCGUCGCCGACUCCGUUAUCCACCUGACAAAGGCGCCUUCCGCCAAGCUCUCUCUGAUGGGGACAGUGGACGCCGCGCCGGAGGUGGCAGUGAAGGAAGAUGUGGAGACCAGAGUGCACUUUGAUCCUGCCAUUAAGGAAGUCCAGUACAAUCCUUCCUAUGAGACCAUGUUUGCUCCUGAGUUUGGACCAGAAAAUCCCUUCAGGACUCAACAGAUAGCUGCCCCUAGGAAUAUGCUUUCUGGAUAUGCUGAACCAACUCAUAUCAAUGAUUUCACGUUUGAACUGCAGAGGCAAACUUAUGCAACCUAUGGCUAUGCAUUGGACCCCUCAUUAGAUAAUCAUCAAGUGUCUACCAAAUAUAUUGGGUCUCUAGAAGAAGCUGAGAAAUAUCAAGGCUUAACUGUGUUUGAAACUGGACAGAAAAAAACGGAAAAGAGAAAGAAGUUCCAAGAAAAUGAUGCAUCAAAUAUUGACGGUUUCUUAGGCCCUUGGGCCAAAUAUGUAGAUGAAAAAGAAGUGGCUAAACCUUCAGAAGAAGAACAGAAAGAAUUAGAUGAAAUCACAGCCAAGAGGCAAAAGAAAGGCAAACAUGAGGAUGACAAACCUGGGGAAGAAAAGACCGUUUUACAUGUCAAAGAAAUGUAUGACUAUCAAGGCAGGUCUUAUCUUCAUGUUCCUCAAGACAUCGGUGUUAAUCUCCGUUCUACAGGACCACCUGAGAAAUGUUAUCUUCCCAAAAACCAGAUUCACGUUUGGUCUGGACAUACAAAGGGUGUCAGUGCAGUCAGGCUGUUUCCUCUUUCUGGCCAUUUGUUGCUCUCUUGUUCCAUGGACUGCAAAAUUAAGCUAUGGGAAGUUUAUGGAGAUCGGCGCUGUUUAAGAACAUUUGUUGGUCACAGUAAAGCCGUUAGAGAUAUCUGCUUUAAUGGUGUAGGAACUCAGUUCCUCAGUGCAGCAUAUGACAGAUAUCUUAAGCUCUGGGACACUGAGACAGGUCAGUGUAUAGCAAGGUUUACAAACCGGAAAGUUCCUUAUUGCGUCAAGUUCAAUCCUGAUGAAGAUAAACAGAAUCUUUUUGUGGCUGGUAUGUCAGAUAAGAAGAUUGUACAAUGGGACAUCAGAAGUGGAGAGAUCGUACAAGAAUAUGACAGGCAUCUGGGAGCAGUCAACACCAUUGUGUUUGUGGAUGAGAACAGGCGGUUUGUGAGCACUUCUGAUGACAAGAGCCUUCGAGUUUGGGAGUGGGACAUUCCUGUAGAUUUCAAAUACAUAGCAGAACCCAGUAUGCAUUCAAUGCCUGCAGUUACUUUGUCUCCAAAUGGGAAGUGGCUGGCAUGUCAGUCCAUGGACAAUCAAAUUUUAAUUUUUGGAGCACAGAACCGAUUCAAAUUGAAUAAGAAAAAAAUAUUUAAAGGGCACAUGGUGGCAGGAUAUGCUUGUCAGGUGGACUUUUCCCCAGAUAUGAGCUACGUGAUAUCAGGAGAUGGAAAUGGAAAAUUAAACAUUUGGGACUGGAAGACUACAAAACUCUACAGUCGAUUUAAAGCUCAUGAUAAGGUAUGCAUAGGUGCUGUGUGGCACCCACAUGAAACAUCUAAGGUUAUAACUUGUGGAUGGGAUGGUCUUAUUAAAUUAUGGGAUUAA